GCGGGGCUCUGCGUCUGCGCCGGCCAGUAGCAGUGCAGCGUCGGUCCAGGUCCAGGCAAGCUCCAUGGGGGAAAAAAACCCGAGAGAGGAGACGAAUAACGGUACACUCCAGUAUUUAUGGAGCCGAUCCCCGCAUAUAACCGCAUCGCAUCUGCGUGUCUUCUCGUGAUGCAUACGUGAAUUAAAGUGUUUGGAGACGGACGCGGUGUACUGCGUGUUGGGGCUGACGAAAACAAGCGGUCCACCAUUGUCUGCGUAGAAAUAAGAAUGGCCUGGAUGUGGAAGAGGAAGUCGUUGAUCGCCACCAGUCUGAUUGUGGCGGUGUCGCUCUUCGUGGUCGUGGUGAACUACUCGGAGAAGCCCUACUUCCUCCUGCAGCCAGUGUUCGGACAGACGUUCAGCAGCCACUGGAUGUUCUCCAAGCAGCCGUACAAGGCCUUCAAGCCUCACCUAGGCUAUGUCAGCAUCCCCAAACAGGAGCCUCUGAAGCUGCACUGCGAGCUCUGCAGCAUCGUGUCCAGCUCUGGUCAGAUGUUGGGCCAGGCUGCCGGCCCACAGAUCGACCGCUCUCCCUGCAUCUGGCGGAUGAACAACGCUCCCACACGGGGCUUUGAACAUGACGUGGGCCAGCGGACCACGCUCAGAGUCGUCUCACACACCAGCGUCCCCCUGCUCCUGCAGAAGCCCCAGUACUUCUUCGGCCAGGGCAACGACACCGUCUACGUUGUGUGGGGGCCACUACGAAACAUGAGGAAGGACGGGAAGGGCAUCGUGUAUAACAUGCUGCGACAGGCAGCUGAGAACUACCCUCAUGCACGCAUCUAUGUCACCACAGAGGACAGGAUGAACUACUGCGACAUGAUUUUCAAGAAGGAGACGGGAAAGGACAGGAUCCAGUCUGGCUCCUACCUCAGCACUGGCUGGUUCACACUCAUCCUCGCCAUGGACAUGUGCAAAGAGAUCCAUAUCUACGGCAUGAUAAAUGACACCUACUGCAAGACGGAGGGUUACAGAAAGGUUCCCUACCACUACUACGAGGCGGGCAGCCGGGACGAGUGUGCAGAGUAUCUGCUUCAUGAGAGCGCCCCCUACGGCGGGCACCGCUUCAUCACCGAGAAGUCCGUGUUCUCCAAGUGGGCCAAAACUCACGCCAUCAAGUUCUUCAACCCACCGUGGCAGCUGUCGUGACCCAGGCUGAACGGACAUGGAGAUAUGACACCAUCAUCAUCGUUGUCGUCCUCAGGGGACCAGCUGGAUCUCUACACUGGCAGAAAACGUGUUCCCUGAUGUGUACACACAUCCAUAUUGGCACAAAUUCCAUUUCAUAUCCAUUAAAAAAGGUUGGUUGAUGGCUGCUUGUCAAGUCCUGGAUGGCUAAUAUCCAGGAAGUGCUUGUUUGUUUAUUUUGACAGCCACUCAGACAUACAGAGGUUUGACCAUCAUGGACAGCAAAAACAUAUCUCCUGCUUCUUGAAAACACUUUUCCUCCUGAGUUUGGAGAGCUGAAGAAAGUGCUCAGCACGCUGCUCUUCACUGACUAAUCGAUCCGUUCGCUGCUCUGUGAGUUUAGCAAAGGAUGGCUCGAAGACUUACUUGAAAAAAAAAAACGGAGAAAACAACAGGAAGAAGAAACAACCAUCUGUCAACUUUCAGUGACCUCAGCGGCUCACAUGUCUGCAGGCGCUGCACAUCGCAAAGGCUGAAUUAAAAAUGUUUUUCAGGACUGUAGCUGAAGAAGAGCUCAGCUGCCGCAGAGACGAGUCUCGUUGCCAUGGACGCCUGGCGAGCUCGCCUACUCUGUUUCCUCUGCAUGUCUGUCUCCGUCUGACAGGCUGUAAUUAAUCUAUAAGGAGUAUCAUUCAGGCCUUCAUCUCUGACUGAGGGACUAUUGAAAACAGGUUUCAAUUAAGUUUCCCCUUCUAAAAAAGCUUCAACAAAAAAGGCUGAGAAAGAAAAAACAGCAAAAUAAAAGCAGAUUUCAGUUCAUAGUAGAAGGUGAGCCACAGUUGUAGAUAUGAAUCAGCUUUUUUUUAAUCAUUAUCCUUGGUUGUUAUGCCGUGUGUAAACUAACACAACUUAAAGAUGUCAGCUUUUUUUUUUAAUUUUUUUAAUAAUGCUGUGAAAUUUUAAGAGACAUGUUUUGGCUUUGUCUGGAUAGGUUGCUAAUUUAUUCCACAGAGAUAGAAGCUCCUAACGCUCUUAAAGAAUGUGCCAUUGAAAAUGUGAGCAUCACAGCACAUAGAGCAAUGUGCAAUUAGAAACUCCACACUUACGGAAGGAGUUAAAUCAUUUGUGACCCCACAGAGGGAGAGAUUUAUGUGUGCAGUGAAACCAUUUGAAGUUAAUUGUAUUCUAUUAUCAUUUUGUGCCUGCAAUAUACUCUGCAGUCCAUUGUAUAGAGACAGAGGGAGAUGCUCUCUCUCACGCUCGCUCAUAUUCUCAUCCAGCUUUGUGCCUCUUUGUGUACAGUAUCACUGUGUGAACACAUCUCCCCAUUUGUCUUUGAAAGCAGCGUGCGUGUCUCCCGGUUCAGGUCAUUACAUUUGAAUGCAUCUGUUCCAGGACAGUGAAGAAUAAUCAGUGAAGUGCUGAGGUGUGUAGGUUGGCUGGUAGCUGUGGAGGGUUGAAACACUCUGGCUGUGACCGUGACUCCCCUUCCCCCCCCUUGAGGCUGUGAUUAGUGUCCCGGUCAGAGUCACGGCCCAGAGGGGAGGACUGGAAGGAUUCAAAGACUUCUAAUUUAGGCAACUUGAUGCACAGGGUCCCUGACGACUGUAAUAAACUGCAGCUGAGCUUCACAAUCUCACUCCAACUGCACAGCACUGUUUACUAUCACACAUAGGCACUCCAUUUUGGGCUCUUUCUCAGUAAGCAGCAUUGAUUUGGUGAUUUACUGGUCAAAAGACAUGUAGGUUAAAGCUGCCUUUUGGAUGUCCUGGCAGGGACGUAGCCACCAUGGAGGACUCUGAAGUCAUGUCCUUUGUAUUUGUCAGUGAAUAUCAGGGUUUUAGCAACUUGGGAUUUUACAUAAUGUAGUGUGGUGAGAAUUAUAAGCCAAUUACAGAAUUAGUAUGUUUGGAUUUGACUACCUUUUUUAGGCCAAUGAAUAAAUAAAGUUUUCAGCUUUUAUCCCCCAGAAUAGCAGUUCAUGGCAGCAUGGAAAAGGCUUUGGAAUAGUAUUUAGAUCUUCAUGUUGGGAAGGGAAAUUUACCAGAGGUAUAAUUAAACAGCUGAACAGGACCUUAUGCGCCACUCAGAGCAUAUCUAUAGCCCGCAAUAGGGCCACGACCAAGACCCUUCAUUUGCUUUUCUGUACAGAACCAAGUGAUUUUAGAUUGCAUGCCGGUGUUAUGGAAGUAAAAGAGGUGCGACGGGAGUGAUGUGUAACAGAGCAGCGUUGGCCUCUGGUGUGACAUAACACACGCAUCAGGCAACACUUUCUAAUCUGUGAAAAUGACAUAAUACAUCAUAACAACCAUUUAGUGUUCAUAUUAUACCACAGCUGUCCCGUCCCGCCGGCUGUCCCUUUUACACAGCCAUUUAUUCAGUUCUGUUAAUAACUCCUCUGCUGGCCUAAAGGUGAGACAACUCUGUCUCUCUGUCCUGGGACAGAAUUGCCUGCACACAGUCUGUCUGUCUGUCUGUUAACAUGGAGAUUUCUGAGCCGGCAGUUAGCAGCUAACAGUACUAACUCAACAAACAGUGCUAACAGACGAAACAGUGCCGACAGAGCUAACUUUGUGACGGGGGAAAUCAGAGAGUGGGCUCUACAUUUUGGCGGCGACACCAUCCCGAUAUUAAAGGUAACCACGUAAAGAGUCCAGUGCAGAGCAGCUGUGAUUAGAUGAACAUGAAUGUGCUGCUGGACAAUCUACCGCUACAAAGAACAAAGAAGCUCAAAAUUACAACACACACACAGAGGGAGAGUGACUUCAUUCUCUGCUCAGAACGCCAUUACUCCACUAUAUCUGUACUUAGCAAAUAUUUUGCUGCUAUAGUAAUGCUCUGAAUGUCGCACACAGCUCCUUUAAUUGAAAAGAUAAUAACAUUACCCUGUUUCUGGUUUUUGGUCAGAGUUAUUUGAGGAUGGCAGGGUGUGUUUAGGGGACUUAUGAUCUCAGUAUUUCUAAAAUUCUGGCUACAGUUCCAUGUCUACAUCACACAUAACUGUUGUUUCAACAGCAUUCAAAUGAUUAUGAAUUAAAGUCUAAAAUUCAAUGCAAACCAGGCCCUAACAAGGCAUAUGCAAAAUAAUAUUAAAAUACAUUUUUUAAACUGAGUUGGAAAAAAUGAUAAAACAUAACAGAGACAUCUAAAAAAACACUAGCCCCUGUUCCCUGCACAAACUCUCAAGACCCCGGGAACCUUAACUCUUCCUUCAGGAAACAGGGUCUACAUUAAGUUCUGGCCACCAAAAAGUCUCUGCUCUGUGGUAGCGCUUACAGAUGGCCCAGGAAAUAUUCGGCUGGAGUUUGCUGUACUGUGAAUGUGCCUCAUUGGUCAAACGCAAGCCUUAGGCAGCUACAACUUAUGUUCAACAUUCAUUAACACAGAAAGCAAGCAAGCAGAGGCACCAGUAUUAAUAUUAGGACUAGCAGUGGAAAAUGUUUCUAAUGUUUAUGUAAAAAAUAUAUAUAUAUAUGUAGUUGACUUCCUGUCUCUUCUUCAGACACAAAUGUUCUGUUUUCAGGUUUCCUCUCCACCUCACGUUGCACUCUCUUGCAACAUCCAUUCCAAAUUUGUAUCUGUGCAACUGUAAACUACAGAGAACAACAAAAUGACUCUGUUGUUGUUGUUGCAUCAUGUGUGGAAAUUGCAGUGCCGUCAUUUGCUGAUCCAUUAUCAGUCCAAUUUCAGUCUUCACUGUUCUUCACUUGCAGUGGAAACACAAACAGAAAUGUGCAGUUCAGUUUUUCAUUUUGUCCCUGAGUUUAGUGAUUUGGGUUGCUAAGUGCAUAAAACGAUUUGGUUGAAAAAGGACUAAUUAACCUUUAAAGCUAAUUAAGUUGCUGCUUUGAUUUGUUUUACCAAACUUUUCCCAAGAUCAUGAAUGAACUUUCAUCCACACUGAAGAGAAGUCUUUAAAGUGAAAACAUGACUGUGACUGUCAACUGAUCGUCUCCAUGACAAGUGACCAAACACCUUCGCCUAAUGAAGACUGUGUGAUAGAAAAACAGAGCUAAUACGUGGACUGAAGUGUAAACCCAGACUUUUAGCCGUAUUUUUACCUGCAAACAACCAAAGCUCUGCUCUCUGUGUUCUUGUGUCUCAGCUGUAUGUUUGGAAACAUUUUUGGCUUGAGGAACAGAGACAGAAAAUCAUCUCUCUCUGUUUCCCAGACGGAGUAAGAUUCCCCAGAACUUACAAAGAAUGACCUACAAUUCAAAACUCAUUGUAAGUCUACCUGGCUGACAAGAGCAUCAGCAAAAUGUAAAAAUGCCCUAUUUUACAUUCCACCUGGUGCUGCUCAGCCUAUAGGCGAUGACCGUAACACAGGCGGGGUCACGGUUCAGAUUUCCUCUGGGAUGACAUGUGCUUGAGAGGUACAAAAUAUCCCAGCACUGCGAGCAGCUGCGGAUCAGAGUAUCCACCGCACGAUGUAUGUAAAGCAGAAACGUCUUACUGUAUUAUUUAUCCUGUUCAGGCAGACAGUAAGAUCUGAGCCUCAGGAAGAAAUUAUACUUCUUUCAGUUCCUGUGGGAAAGCAGCUGUUAAUACUGAAUGCAUACAAUACACCAUGCAUGUUACAUGAUUAACGUACAUCUUUUAUACAACUCCACUCAGCCUGUGAUUGUGCAGUCAUCUGGCAGCUCUCCACCAAUCAGUUUUACCUCUGCUGUACAGUAUAUCCACCGUAAAUUGUAAAGCGCUUCGCACCAUGAUGAGAUUUUAAGCUCUGUGUUGUCGUCCCGAGAUUUUCAAGUGUGUUAGGGCACAUUUUUUAAUGGAAAUUGUUUACUCACACCCAGAAGAAGAGCACCAUGUUUCUUCUGCUCAUCUUCCAUCCUCCGCUUGUCGAUUUUAUUUUAAUGGUUGCUUUUAUUUUUUUGUUGACUCAGUGGUUUGUGUUCAGCAUUUUUCUCUGCUGUAGGUCGCGUGUUGCCAACAUUUUCUGCUGCUUCAGGCUGUGCUCUCGGUUAUUUUCCGAUCAACACAUACGCCAUUGUUCUCCGCCAGAACACACUGGAAGAAUACCUACAGAUGUAUAAUACAGGAUAUUAUGGAGAAUACGUCCAUAUAUAGGCUCCCAUGAAUCAUCUGCAGCUUACAGGAAGAGUGGAGCCACAGUAAUACCAUGAAUUAAAGUGUGAGCACAGUGGGAGGCCAGAUAUACCAAGAACAUUUGUUUUAACUUUGAAAGAGUAGUUUGACAUUUGGGAAAGCGCUUAUUUGAUGUCUUGCAGUGAGUUAGAUGAGAAGAUUGAUGAUACUACUCUGAUAUUUGUAGUAAAUAUAAAGCCACAUCCGGCAGGUUAGCUUCGCUGAACAUAAAGAGUGUAAAUAGAAGGAAACAGCUGCCCUGGUUCUGUCCAAAGGCAACAAAAUCUAACUACAAGCCCCUCUAAAGUUCACUUGUUAACAUUUUAGCCAGCUCCCAGGAACGCCACUCAGCCUUGCUUUCAUUUUUUUGCCCAGUGGCUGCUUUUGGUAUUGCAGUGAAAAAAAUCCCAUGUCCAAGAAACAAUUUUACCCAUCAACAGCCAUUAUUAAAGAGAUGUCUGAAACUGGUGACAGGACAUCUAGAACCGCAAAGAAGGUCUGUUGUGACUCUUUCUAUUAGGAAUUGUUGAUCCAUAGAGGUUUCAUAUUUGUAAAGCUUUUCUGUGAUAUCAUCACAAUGUAAAGUCUAAGGGCCAAACACGAACUUGUGGGUGGGGCCAAAGGGAAAAACACUUCUGCACAUAUUCAGUGGGCUGCAUUCCGCAGAAGCAAAACACCAUCUUGAGGUCAGGUAUCCACAUCUUAUAAUAAAUUUAUGGCCUGGCCAAGAGGGAGUUUGAUAUGUAGAGAGCCAAAGUCAUGAUGUCAUGCCUGGGCAAAAGUCUGUAACUUAAUGCAAUCUGUCAUUCAGAGUUUCUGUCAUCAGUCUUUCUGCGCCAAGUGUGUAAGAGAACUACAGUGGCUGUGCGAAAACACAAAUGGCCCUCUCCAGAGCCACUUUUUGGUUUGUCCAUUCUGG